CCAUGAUGUUUGCCCAGUGCCCCCGGCUGUGUGCGAGCUCCGUGCUGCUCACUGCGCUGCUCUGCUGCAUCCUCUCUCCUCCAGCCCAAGCCAGCAAGAGCUCGGAGGACAUCCGCUGCAAGUGCAUCUGUCCCCCGUACCGCAACAUCAGCGGGCACAUUUACAACAAGAAUGUGUCGCAGAAGGACUGCAACUGCCUGCAUGUUGUGGAGCCGAUGCCGGUGCCGGGGAACGACGUGGAGGCCUACUGCCUGCUGUGUGAGUGCAAGUACGAGGAGCGCAGCACCACCACUAUCAAGGUGAUCAUCAUCAUUUACCUGUCCGUGGUGGGGGCUCUGCUGCUCUACAUGGCUUUCCUGGUGCUGGUGGACCCUCUGAUCCGGAAACCAGAUGCUUAUACCCAGCCCCUGCACAACGAGGAGGAGAAUGAGGAUGCUCGCUCCUUGGCCGCAGCCCCCACCCCAUCUGGCAUGAGAGCCAACACCGUGCUGGAGAGGGUGGAGGGGGCCCAGCAGCGCUGGAAGCGCCAGGUGCAGGAGCAGCGGAAGACGGUUUUCGACCGCCACAAGAUGCUGAGCUAG